CCAAAAUGAAACCGAAACCGUCUCAGAAAUUUCCAAAGCGACUAACAUGGGCUACAGCUUGUCGUCUCCGAUAAAGACGCGAUUUCUUCCUUUAUUUUUUGUCUUAUUUUAGAAACAAAUAAACAUCGCACGAUGGAGUUGAAGAUGCGACAUGUAAAAGCGCUGCUGGUGGAUGUGGCGAUCAGCAGCGUGUUAUUUUACAGCACGCCCGCCUUUCUGAAGACCAGCAGCGGUGUAUUUCUCCUGGCUCAGCUCUGGCUCGUGUCUGGGGUGAAGUGGCUCUUUCUCCGGUGGGUUCUGCUCGGUAGCUGGAGCGAGGCGGUCGUGCGGCGCGGUGUGGCGGUGUCGUGUCUGAUGUGUCCGGUGUAUGAAAGCGGGCUGUCGCUGCUCAUCAACACACCGCCCGAGAACUGGAGCGGCUCUCUGUCUUCUCCUGGAAAAACUCUUAUCUCUACAGCCGCCACACUUAUAGCCUGUUUGUUCUGGGAAGUGAGUUUUCCAGGCGCUCAAAGCGGGGCCGCUGAAGGGUCAGAGAGCGCGGAGAAGAAGCAGAAGAACCGGGCGCUCUUCAUGCGGGUGAUCCGGUACUCCAGACCCGACGCGGCGCUGCUGAGCGGAGCCUUCGUGUUCCUGUCUCUGGCGGUGAUCUGUGACAUGUUCAUCCCAUUUUACACGGGAAAGGUCAUAGACAUCCUGGGAGAAGAGUACCAACCAAACAGCUUCAUGUCAGCCAUCUUUCUUAUGGGUCUCCUCUCACUGGGCAGCUCCUUGUCCUCUGGGUUGCGUGGAGGUCUCUUCAUGUGCACUCUUUCAAGUCUGAACAAGAGGGUUCGCCUCAUGCUCUUUAAUGCUUUGGUCAAACAGGAGAUAGGAUUUUUUGAGGAUAAAAAGACAGGGGACUUGACGUCACGUCUGGCUGUCGACACCAAGCUCAUGAGUCAAUCAGUGGCGAUGAACGUGAACAUCCUCCUGCGCAGCUUGAUAAAGAGCGUUGGCAUCCUCUAUCUGAUGCUCAGUCUGUCCUGGAAGCUCACUCUGGUCACGUUCAUCGAAGCCCCGCUGAUCGCCAUCACUCAAAAGAUUUACAACACACACUAUGAGAAAUUAUCAAAAGAAGUCCAGGACUCGGUGGCCAGAGCCAAUGAGACGGCAGGAGAAGCGGUUGCCGGGGUGAGGACCGUACGCAGCUUCCACACGGAGCUCGGUGAAGCCUGUCGCUAUGACGACCGGUUGACGGACACUCACAACCUGAAGACUCGUAGAGAUACAGUGAGAGCAGUCUACCUGUUAGUGCGACGGAUAAUGUCAUUAGGAAUGCAGUUUCUGAUGUUGUACUACGGCCGUCAGCUCAUCAGAUCAGGACACAUGAGUACCGGCAACCUUGUGUCCUUCAUCCUCUAUCAGGGGGACCUUGGGACGUACAUCAGGACACUUGUCUACAUGUACUCUGACAUGCUGAACUCUGUGGGUGCUGCCGCGAAGGUCUUCCAGUACCUGGACAGAAAGCCUCUAGUGAGCAUGGAUGGAAGUCUUCACCCUGAAAGCCUGGCUGGACAAGUGCACUUCAACAACCUCACCUUCUUCUACCCAACUCGACCUGAUCAACCAGCCCUCAAGAACUUCUCUCUGGAGCUGAAGCCGGGUCAGAUGACGGCUCUGGUGGGGAUGUCCGGAGGAGGGAAGAGCACCUGUGUGAGUCUGCUGGAGGGGUUUUACCAGCCUCAGCAGGGACACAUUCUGUUAGACGGACAACCACUGCAGAGCUACCAGCACAAAUACUGGCACCAGAAGGUGGCUAUGGUAGGCCAGGACCCUGUGCUUUUUUCUGGCACCAUCCGGGACAACAUAGCUUACGGUUUGACCAACUGUGAUCAGAAAAUGGUGGAGAAUGCAGCCAGAGAAGCCAAUGCCCACGACUUCAUCAGCCAACUAGAAAAAAAAUACGACACAGAUGUGGGAGAGCGUGGUUGUCUCCUCUCUGGGGGUCAGAAGCAGCGCAUUGCUAUCGCCAGAGCUCUGAUCAGACAGCCUCAGGUCCUCAUACUGGACGAGGUCACCAGCAGCCUGGACAUGGAGAGCGAACGCAUGGUUCAGGAUACUCUGUCCCGCCGCCCCAACCAGACCUUGCUGGUGAUUGCACAUAGGCUAAAGACAAUUGAAAAGGCCGACCUGAUUGUUGUGAUUGACAAAGGGGAGGUUGUGGAGCAGGGGACGCACCAGGAACUGAUGGACAAGAAAGGAAAUUACUAUAAACUGAUAGAAAGGCUCUUCACUGAAGAGGAAGAAGCUGAGGAGGAAGGCAAACAAUAAAGAGUUUCAUGUUUUUGCUAACAUUUUACUCUUGUAUACAAUGCUAUAAUAAAUGGCAGCGUAUUCCCAAUGAAAUAGAAUUUGUUUCUGUAUUGUUUCACAUCUGUGAAUGAACUCAGAAGCAUAAAAAAGUACCCAAAUUUAUUAUUUUUAUAGUUUUUGAUAUUUUUAGUUGGUACAGUACACUAUAAUUCAUUUAUGUAAAUGAGGAUGGGAAAAUAGUAAACUUUGGCAUGUUAAACUCAAAAUUCUUUAUGGAAUAAAUUUCCAGUAAAAUGUAAAUUUAGUAGCAAAAAUUGUUUUUAUUUGUUUUGUUACAUAGCAUUCUUUCAAAGUUAUCUGACAUUUUUAAGAUGUAUUUGUUUUCAUACACUUUAACUCUUGAGUUCUUGUAGUGUUUUAUUAACAUUUUCUAACCUAUAAAGAAUAAACGGUGAUAGUGUGAGAAAUGCUGAAGUGGUCCUAAUAAAUUCUGGUUUGACUGUA